ACCCGGCUCCGGGAUGGUGCAGCGCGGCCCGCGGGGCCGGGGCGCGGAGGCUCGGCGGGAGCCCUGCGCCCCACUGCCCGCCCGUGACACCGAGCCCGCCUGGUGCAAGACGCCGAGCGGGCACAUCAAGCGGCCCAUGAACGCCUUCAUGGUGUGGUCCCAGCACGAGCGCCGCAAGAUCAUGGACCAGUGGCCCGACAUGCACAACGCCGAGAUCUCCAAGCGCCUGGGCCGGCGCUGGCAGCUCCUGCACGACUCCGAGAAGAUCCCCUUUGUCAGGGAGGCCGAGCGCCUGCGCCUCAAGCACAUGGCUGACUACCCCGACUACAAGUACCGGCCUCGGAAAAAGGGCAAGGUGGGCACCGGAGCAGCCCGCCCGCGGCUCCCAGUGAAGAUCAAGCCCUCCGUGUUGGGCCGUGUCUCUGCCAGCCGCAGGCAGCCGGCCAAGCUGCCCGCCGGCCCCAACACCCCGCAGGAGCCCGCACCAGAGGUGCCCGCUGAGGACAGCCCUGUGGUGCCUGGCACGGCAGCCUGGCACCCGGCACCCGACGGGGAGCGCAGCCCCCAGGAGCCCCCUGCACCCCUGAGCCCUACCACACCCUGCCCGGAGCCAGGGAGGUCCCCAGAGAGCGGGUCCCCCUCUCCCAUGUCAGCUGGGUCCCCUCCCUCUUCCUUCAGCUCCUCUGACGAGGAGCUGGAGGAGGAGCUGCUGGGGAUCAUGCCCGGGCGGGCGCCUGCCAGUGCCACCUGUGGUGCCCUGGACUGGUCCGUCUUCGACAAGGACCACGACCUCUACCCGCGGGGAGGCUCCUCGCACUUCGAGUUCCCGGACUAUUGCACGCCCGAGGUGACGGAGAUGAUAGCAGGGGACUGGCUCAUGUCCAGCAUCUCAGACUUGGUCUUUACCUACUGAGUCCCACGCUCUGCAGGUAACACUCAUUUUUAUUUUCACCCACAAUCAGGUCAUAUCAAAAAACAACCCAGGAAAAAAAAAAAACAAACAAACCGAAACCAGCUGUUUACAUGCAGGAAUCAGGUAUUUUGCCUUGAAGCUGCUGGAAGGCAGAGCCCCUGCUCCCCCCACCCCCUGGCACACACCCAUUCUCCAUCCGUCUGUCUGUCCGGCUCUCGCCUCGUGCCCGCAGGACGCAUGGCCGCCCGCUGCGGUUAUUUGCCCGUGAAAUGCAUCUCAUCGGGUUUUCAUUGUCACACCCGGCUGCUUUCCCCCAUGGCCCCGGCACUGACAGCUAUGGCUGCUCCCGGCCGCUCCCAUCUGUGCCAGCACCGUGUGCCCUCCCGCUCUCCAGGAAGCAGGAGCAUCCACGCCACCCCAGCUGUCGGUGCCCACCCCACCUUCCCCAUCCCUUGGAGAAUGGCUGAUUCCGUUUGGUUUUUGACUGCAUUGAACGCAUGGCUUCAAUUUUCUCCUCUUCCUCUUUGCAGCCCUUGGGGAGGGAUGCCGAGCCAUGCCAAACUGUCCCUUCCCAGCUCCCUAUUUUGUGAGGGGUCCCUGGCUUGGGGGUUCAGUGUCCCACAGCAGCGUCUCCUUCCCUGUGGCGCGUGCUCCCCACCACUCGCUUUGGGAAGAGUGAAGUUGCACACACGUGAUGAGCACGUGGGUGCAGGAGGCUGUGUUGUUUCUCUCGCCAGGCAGUUGUGCAGGGAAAGCUGUGCCACAGAGGGAGCCCAUGUCCGGAGUCACCCCAAAAUUGUAUGGGGACCAGCCCUUCACUAAGUAGCCAGCCCUCAUUUUAACCUUGGAGCCUGUGCCUGUGCAGGACCUGCUGUGGGCUGGCUGACCUUGGCCAGUGGAGCUGGGUGUCACUGUGCCCAGCCGUGGCGUGUGGUGCUGCUGGGAUGGCAGGGAGCAGCAUGGAAAGGCAGGGUUCGCAGCGAAGGGCAGCUGUGGAAAAUCUGCCUUAAACAACCACCCAAACUGGUCCAAGAGCAGCUGCAGCCAGUGCUGGUGGGCUUGUGGGGUGUGGGUGAUGCUCUGGCACAGGGCUCCUCCACACAGCACCACACUGGGCUCUGCUGCCGGCUACGCCAAGAGCAGGGACAUGCUGGCAGGGAAGAUGCUGCUGCAGCGGCUCCUCCAGCUGGGAUUUUCUUUGCUUUUCCUAAUGGCUCCUUCCUGCGACAGCCGCCUCCUCCCACUGCCAGGAGCACGUGGCUGCAGUGCUGGCUCGGCAGCUGCCGCAGGCUGUGGUUGGUGGGGGGGGGGG